AUGUGUUGUUGUUGUUGUUGUGGUUGUCUCUGAAGCUGUGACAUGCACUGACAUAUCCUGCAGCUUCUAUGGCGAUGACACUGUUUUCUUUGUGAACAUGUCAGACCCCGCCCUCCCGGGCUGUCCAGGCCUGACAUUACGAGCAGCCACUCCUCUGGAAGGACCCCGGGUUUGAGUGGUGUUCGGUGUACUCCUGACUGUUGACGGUUCGUACUGUGCACCUCACACAGCGAGAAUAAAUAUACAUCACAACUAAAACCAGUGUAUAGAGAAUAAAGUUGUAUAAUUAUCGCCUCAGUUUCAGAAAGAAAAAUAUUAUUAAACAGUGUUGAAAACGUCAGAGAGACACAUUUAACGACCACAACAAGCUGAACUCAGCGCGGUGUGGAACGUUACCUGUUGCCGUGACGACCAUCUGGAACAUGUGACGUCAUGGUGCUACCGUUCUGGACACUAGUAGUAGUACCAUGCAGAGGAACACCAGGAAGCUGGAUCCAGUUAGACCUCGACCCAGCAGGGUCGGUUCUGCUGGUGAUAGGAAACAAGUCCACUUCAGAAAGAUCCCUUACAGAGUUGGAUACAGCUGGAACAGAGGUGGAAGACUCAAGGAGCUGAGAAUAAGGCACCUGGCCAGGAAGUUCCUCAAGAUAUGGAUGCAGAACACGUUUGGCCGAGUUCUUCCUCAUAAAGCCAAGUCCCACUAUAACAGCGUGGUUUUGAGACGGGCCUUUGAAGGAUGGAGAGACGAGUGGUGGACGUCCAGGAGGGAGUGGAGUCUUACAAUGCGGGCAGAGUGUCACUACAGGUAUUAUCUGUAUAAUCUGGCAUUCCAUAGCUGGCGAACAUUUGUGUCAUCGAACAGGGAAAAAAAGAGCAAAGUCCAAAAUGCUCAAUCAUUUGCUGACAGGCAACGGAUGCGUCUGGUUUGGGAACGAUGGGAAGUUUUCACAGAAAUGAGGCGAAUGAAGAAGAGAAUGCGUGAAUCUGCCCUCGAGCAGAACAGACUCGCAGCCCUGCGUUCAGCGUGGAGUUUGUGGCGAACUCGGCUGCAGCAGCAUAAAGACCUUCACACUUUAGAGGAUCAAGCCCUGAAACAGAAGGCGCUGACUUUACAGAGCAGGACUUGGCUUCAGUGGAAAGAAAUGUACACAGCUGCUUGUUGCCAGAAAGAGAAAGAAUCCAAAGCUGCACUUCACUUCGUCCUCAGACUGAAAAGAAAAACGUUACAUUGUUGGAAAGGUUAUGUGUCUUCUCGCCAAACCAAGAAAAAGUCACAAGCUGUGGCUCAGCGUGCCUGUGAUCUCCGCCUGGUGAUGAUGUGUUGGAGUAAAUGGAGCAGUGCGUUGCAUUGUAAAUGGAGCGAGGAGAAUCUUUUGCAAGCUGCAGGACAUUUGGCCAUACGGAUCACUCAGCGCAGAGCACUGGAGCGCUGGAGAGCUUAUGUGACGUUGUGCAGAGACGAGGCUGAACGAAACAGGAUCGCAAGUCAACAUCAUCAUCAUCAUCUACUGCGCGCUGGACUGGAGGGACUUUCUCUCAACGUCAUCCGGAACCAAACACACCGACUGGACAACAACAUGGCUGUCCAACAGUAUCAUCAGACUAUGACAUGCAGGUAUUGGAGGCUGUGGCAGGACCGUCUGGAGGAGGCUGAAGACAGGAGUUUUCAACCCUUAUCAGAAAUGGCACUGACCAAUCACAGCACAUCCCUGUUGAGCAGCUGUUAUCACUACUGGAGAGAGAAACUUGCUGAGCAGAGACGCAUGCAGGAAUUGGAGCAUGGUGCAGACGUUUGGUUCGCUGAACGCACGUUGCCUCGGUGUUUCGACUCGUGGGUUGAGUUUACUCUGCAGAGAAGACUUCAUAAACAGAGGAGAGACAAGGCAGACGUCUAUAACCGGCAGCGUCAGUACACGUUGGUGUUUUACACCUGGUGGGAACAAUCCGAGAAACACAAGGAGCAGGAUCUUUCUGAGCGGAUGGCAAUCCUACAGGAGGAGCGCUGCCACUUGCAGAGAGCCUGGACUCGCUGGAGACAACGCACAGAGCAGCGGAUCGAUGAAGAGGAGAAACAGAUGUCUUCAGACCAUCUGUACCAGCACAGACUUCUCCACAAGACGAUUACACAGUGGAAGGACAACAGCGCUGAAAUACGAGACAGGAGAAACCGAGAGCAGCAGGCUUGUCAUCAGGGUGACCUGCGGUGCACGAGAUGGGCUGUGGAAAAAUGGAAAAAGUUUGUUCAGAGCCAAAGAGUGAAGAAAAACAGACUGGAGCAGAUGCAGCGUUACCAUGAAGUUAAACUCCUCAAACGCACGUUUGUGGCCUGGAAGAAACACCACCUACAGAUGUGUCAGAUCUACGGUCACGCAGAGGAACUUUACAGGCAACAGAAACAGACCUUCCUCAGGACGGUUCUGUGUGUUUGGAGGGAGAAGGCGGUGCAGAUGACGGAGGUCAGGCUCACAGAGCAACGAGCGCAGGAUCACUUUCAGCUUUUCCUUCAGCUUAAGGUGUUUCUUGCUUGGAGAGAAGCAACAACACGUGCAGUGUCAAAGCGCCGCCAGCAGAGGGAAGCAGUCAACAAGGUUCAGAUGUCCAUAAAUCAAGUGCUGCUGCUGCGGUCUUUUAGAGAGUGGAGGAAGCAAACCAGGGAGGCACGGAGAGAGAGGAUAUGCAUGGAAAAAGCCAGGCAGCACCACAACUCCAAACUCCUUUCUACAGCACUGAAAGCCUGGAACAAGCAUCACUACCAGUAUCAGAAAAAUAAGGUAAUGAAACGACAGGGGCUGCUUUUGCUGAGGUUAAAGAUGUACCAAACGUACUUCGAACAGUGGAAAACGAAGCUGCAGCACAGACGGAGAGAAGCUAAGCAGACGGAGCGGGCGCUCUGGCACUGGUCCCUCUCUCUUCAGGCCAAGGUGUUGUGUGGAUGGAGGCUUUGGGUCACAGAGCAUCGCAGACAACAAGAGCAGGCAGCCAGAGCUGCUGAGGUCUACAGAGACCAGCUGCUGAGGGAGGGCGUGACGUGCAUCCUGACCUACGCCGCUCACAUGAACGAUCUCACGACGAGCCUAACACAGCACAGCCAAGAGCAGAGGUCACGACAUCUCCAGAGAGUGGUGAAGCGUUGUGCGAUGCGGUGGAAGCAGCGGGCGCUGUGUAAACCACGAAGAGAGCAAGAGGUCAAAGCGCAACCGCCGAAAAAGAGCGUGACCUUCUGUUUGACUACACCUGGAUUGAAGAGUGUAGAGGAGGAGCAGGAAGCUGAAGAUGGAGUGUUUAACACGCUAUCACUCAGUCAUACGCCUCGACGUCAGCCACGACGCUGCGAGGAACUGUUUGAGUAUCCACUGAAUAUAAACACCCAAAAGCAGACUACCGUCACCAGCGCUGACGCAGCUCCAAACCCCUCGCAGCUCAGUCGUCCUUCACAGGAAGGCCAUCGUUUUGCGUCGUCCUGCCUCCAUCCUGCCACGUCCUCCACACGUCAGAGCAUCAUCAUAUCUAAUGUGUCACCCUCUGAAUCUCGGGAAACCCAAAACCAAGACGUUCUUUUACCCCCCUCUGCUUUCAUGACCACUGCGACCGAAGAUACGACUAACAGCUCAGGUCUGGUGCCUCCUCAUCAGUUUGUCCCUCCUCUUAAACAACACUCUUCGGCUCAUUCAGAUGUACGUCAGAGAGCAUCCAGUGAAGAAACUGUAGAAGAUGAUCCAACUUCAGCUCUGACCAGAGAGCUGCUCAGCAUUCAGGUGGACAUGAUGACAUAUCAACAGGACAGGAAGCAGCUCCGGGCAUGGCAACAACUAAAAGAGGUGUUACAAAGCUGGCUGCAGACCAGUGGAAAGGACGAAGAAAUGGAAAAAAAUGAUGUUUGUGAAGAGUUGAAGGAGUUGGAGGAGCGCAUCGACAGACUGUCCACUGAACUGGCAAAACGGAAACCAACAAUGCUGCUACAUGCGGAGAGGAUCCAGCGUUUACAGAUGUCCCUCCAGGCUUCAGGAGUUUCUUUUCUCCAUCGGAGAACAGAAGAGAUGGAAACGGAUCGCUCUGUGUUUACAACAUGACAGGAAAUAGUGCCUCACACACUGAAGUGAUCACACCUGCUGAUGGUUUGGACUGUUGUUGCUUGGAUCACAUUUCUUAAAGUAACACGAAGACUGAUGCGAGAAAUCGAAAGAGAAAAUUGUUCACCAGCUGAUAAAGAUUUAAGAUUGGACAUUUAUACUUCUACUCAGCUGGUGAGGAAAAAACUGAUAUAUUGAUAUCCACAUAUUCCUUUUUUUAUUCCUGUUGAAUAUCAUGUAAACUGUCUUAAAAUGGAGCAAAUCCAAAAGUGUUGAAGCCAAGUUCCUUCCAGCAGCGUUCACUGCUACAUCUACACCUACAAUCUGUGAAAACGUUGGAUAGGGGUCGUCCUUGUGACAGAUGGUGCUAAAUAUUUUCCAUAUGUGUGCAGAAAGUCACUUUACUGUUUUCAGAGGAGCUGCCCCUUGCACAAUAGGCUUUCUAUUUAUCCGUUAGUACCAGUGCCUCUAAUGCGUUCAGGGCUUUCAGACUAACAGAAAGGACAUCUGUCUGCUGAGCUCUGCAGACUACAUAGAACACAUUUGACUGAGUCUUUGAUCUACAACAGGCAGAAUGAGAGGACUAUAUGCCAUUUUGCUCCUUUUCAUCUUUGUCUGCUGCACCAGCGGUGAGUGAUGUUACUGAACUAGUUUAUUUACCGUCAUUGUUAAGUUAUUUUAUGUUAUGUUUAUGUUCAUAUUCAGUCUCAUUGUGUUGUUGAAUGUUCAAAGUCUUUUUGUUCUUUUGUAGAUGUUGAGUUUUGGUUGUUGCGGUCAAGGUUGCCCUCUUUUUGGAGCUUUUUGUGGACAUUAUUAAAAACUAAUUUAAACAU